CGCUGUGGCCGCUCGGGCGGAAGCGCGGGGUGGGUUCGGGGCCCGCGAUGGCUCCGGAGCCCUGGCUCUCCCUGCUCGAUGCCACUCGCCAGCUCGCCCAGGACAUCGCCGAGAAGAUCCAGGAGCGGAACCGGUGCCAGCGGAGCGGGGAGAGCUCAGCCAAGAUCUGUUCCCUCAGGAUGGAAGUUACAUGACCACAUUGCAAUGUCCAGUGAGGAGAGGUGAAGAGCUCUCACGUGUGGCUGUGAACACAGUGGGAAGUGUGCCUGGAAUUUACAGACUCACUCAGUGCUGGAUUAUUUCCCAGCAGUGCUGAUCCAUCUCCCGGCCAGGAGAUGUCCCCACUUCACCACAAUUCCUCCAGGAACUCCGACACAGGUUCUGGGUUGUGUUCAACAGUGUUUCCAUCUGGUGUUUUGGAGAGAAGGAGCAAGCCCUGAGCACUGGGACAGUGGGAUGUGGCUGUCAGGGGCCCUGAAAUACCCACUCAAGGCAGCAGAGGUCACAAGGCAUGGGGGGCCAAACUUAGGAGAGGAAGAAACAGAGAAGAUGAAGAGAAGGAAUGAAAAAAAUCCUGGUUCUGGACACAGUGACUUAGUCCCACUGAUGACAAGUAAACAUUUCGUUGCCAAAUAAACAUUUAGAGGAGUUGGAGUGGCCACAGGAGGCAUCACAAUGGUUGGAUAGCCAAAGGAGAUGUCACAGUGAUUGGAUAGCCACAGGAUCUGUCACAAUGGUUGGAUAGCCACAGCAGGUGUCACAAUAGUUGGAUAGCCACAGGAGGUGUCACAGUGCUUGGAGUAGCCACAGGAGCUGUCAAAAUGGUGUUGGAGUAGCCGCAGGUGAAGGCAGGGAGAGGAGCAGGGCCAGCAGGACCUGGGCUGUGGUGUCUGCUGGUGGCUGGAGCGAUGGACCCCGAAGCCAACGAGGAUGCCACCUAUUACCUGGAACAGUACAGGGCCAACCUCCUGCCCCAGCUCAGGGCACUCGGAGAGCCAGACGAGGACCCCGCCACCUCGUUUAUGUGCCUCCUGAAGAAGAAGAAAGAAUUCCGAUCUCUGGAAAAUGCUGUGGCGGAGAAGAAAGAGGCCUUCAAGAAGAGGCUGGAGGUCAUUGCCGAGCAGUGGAGGGACCUGCACGCCAGGAGGACUCAGCUGAAGGCCCACGUGAAGAGAUCUGGGAGGACUGUACAGGAAAAUGAAAUGCUGCGAAACCAAGCCCUGAAGAAAGCCAGCAAAGAUAGAGAGGAGAAAAUAAAAAAGGAGAAUGAGCUUCUGAGAGCUAAGAGGGAGCUGGAAGCUCUCAUAAAACAGCAUCAGAAACUCUGCCAAAAACUGCCAAAAUACUCCAUGUUCAAGAGAUACCUGGAGGAUGUGGUGGAGAUCUCACAGUUUCGGGACAUCGAGGACGUCAUUUCCUUCUACAAGUCACUGAUGAGGUCACGCAGGGAGCUGCUGCAGUCACAGCAGUGGCACAAGGCAAUGACUAAGCAAGCCAGGGUGCUCCUGGACCAGUACAGGGCAGAGAAAGGAGCUGAGAUGCUGCAGUGCAAGAAUGAUCUGGCGCAGCUAAAACAAUAUUUAGACCAGGCUCGAAGUGACAUCCCUGUCUGGGAGGCUCAGUGGAUCGACAUCCAGAACAGGGCUGCCAAGAAGGCCACGAAGCUGAGGGCCAUUGAGAGGACCAUCCACAGCCUCUUCCACGCUGCCAGCGCACGGCUGGAUGCAAAGUGGAACGUGGCAGCACGUGACAGCCACAGACAGCUGGACAUGAUCCAGCAGUUUAUUGAAGACCUCAGGGACAUCUCUGCAGAGGACAUGAAGAAGUACAAAUGAGAACCUAUUCAGGGACCUGCCCUGCCAGCAGGGUGGAAAAGGAAAGGAGAGGACAAGAGAACCCAAGAGAUACUGCAGAAUAAAAAAACCCCAAA